CUUUUUUACGCUGUUUCUCAGAGACGCCAGCGAGUUUUCGGGGCAAUACCACACAACUAUGGGCGACCGCGGGCUGGAAGAGUGGCCGUGGGAGGAGGACGGCCAGAGGCAGUACGAGGGGUCGCUUCGCAAGGUCCACUUCAUGUCCCCUGUGCGAAACGCCCCCGAGCUAAGCAACGAGACCCGCGUGGAGGAGGAGCAGCGUUGGGUCUCGAGGGGGCAUGCGCAAGCUACUCUCGAGAUCAGAAGAAGGCUGCCGGAAUUGAGGGACGGGCGUCGGUUCGUGGUAGCGGUGAGAUGGGUGAUGAAGUAUGACGGUUUCGGAUGCUCCCUCGCAGUUUUCUGCGGUACCCUCUUCUACAAGCCCUCGUCCUACGCAAAGGAGAUUCGGGAGGGGUGCGUGCGGGGUUACGCUCUGUCCGUCAAGCGGUGGUUCGUCCAGGCGGAGAAGUACGUUAAGGCCCACGGCGCCGUGCAGCUGCGACAGAGCAAAGACGGGGGGGGCGGCGGCGGAGCCGAGGAGGGGGGGUACGGGAAGAAGACGAGCGGUAGAGUGCCCGUCCUCGAAGCGAUGCGCUCCUCUGUUGGCUCUUCCAACUCCAUACAGCUGUCCAAGUGCCACAAGUUUCUUGGGGAGUACAUCUACCUCACGAGGGAGGUAAAACGAGUAAUACAGGGAGAGGCUGCCGGAGAUCUGGUACUGGAGGAAGAUCUCACAAUCGGAGGGGCUGGCAUUCCCAUCGGGCAGGAGGGUGCCGGCGCUGGUCUGGACGGACUGAAGGAAGGCAGAAGACCAAAGGGCCCGUAUAUGUCUGGGGACCUAGAGGAGUCUAGUGCCAUGUCUCACGUUACCGUCGAGUCAGCCCGCAGCGGAUCAUGGUCGGGCUCUAUCGUCGGCGGUUUCGGUUUUGUUGACUACCCGGCAGGCAUCCCUCCAAAGCAGUGGGGACGCAUACAAGACCGGACGGUGCGAUGGCUGAUUCGUUCCAUGGGUGGCAACACCAACACAGCGGCAGUUGUGGCAGCGACCCACGCCGCAAAUAGGGAGAAUGAAGGCAGCGUGGUCAGCGGGAGCACUUCGUUCAGUGCGGGAGGGGGGAGGGGUGGUCGACCGUCGUCUUUGUCCAACGCGUCGGGAGGAGGUGGUGUAGGGAAGGGGGGGGGAUGGGGCGCUGGUGUCCCCGGAGUGGAAGGGCCGCCGUCACCCGGUGCGGUUAGCAUCAGAGAGGAUGACGUGGUUCACGCAAAGUGGCUGGAACAGCUUAGAGUUGUGUGGCAAGGAGACAAGAAGGAGGAGGAGGAAGGGAAGCAGCAGCGGCCGUCGCCCUCCUCCUGCAAGGAAGCAAAGCAGCAGUCGCCACCUUCCACCGAUGAAAUCGACAAGACCACGAGCAAGGAGGGCGAGGACAGCAAGGACAAGAGCGAGGACGGCGAUACGGACACGGCGGAGAAGAAGGAGUCGGCUGUAGACUCCGCACCACCGGACGAGGAGGAAGGGUCGGGAAAGGACAGCGACGACGUGGCAGAAGUCAAGCAGGACGACGGGGCCCCGUCGUCGACCGAACAGGGGGGUGGGGGGGUCCCGGAACAAGAGGUGUCUUCGGAGGAGAAGCAGUCUGGGGACGGUGAUCAUGGCGGCUCGGGAGACAAGCCGGUGGCGGGUGUGACUGAUCCUGCGGCAGCGGAGGUGGCUUUGACUGCCGGUCGUCGUGCCGCCGCGGAGAAGCCAUACACGGUGCUUUUUCAUGGGAGGAGACUGGGUAUUCAGCUUCGAGAGAUGCACAAGAUUCCUAUCGUUGGCGGCCUACAGGGCUAUGACCCUGAUGGGACUCAGGAUAGCAGAGGAGAAGAUGGGGAGGACGAUGGUGGCUCCGAGGAGGAGAUAGAUGGACUACCGGUCGAGGUGUCCCCCGAACCCAGCGCCUUCGACGAGCUAUCACUAGCCCGCCUUGGCACGCUGGGCGGUGGCAGCAUCGCCGGGAGGGGGGCCGACGACCUGCAGACCAUCUAUGGGGGGAGUGGCGGGGCCGGGGGCGGCAUGGGUACGGAGACGUCGUCCAUGAUGGACAGCCAGUCCGACUAUGACGUCACAGUGAAGUGCAUCGUGCAGUGCUCCCAGCUCUUCGGAGAAGGGGUGAAGAAGCUGUGGAGAUGGAAGCCAGCUCCUGCGGCCUCAAGCGAUGAAGCCGCGGACCCAAGUGUCGCCGUGAGUGCCUUCAUGAAAGGCCUCAGCGUGCGGUUAGGCCUGGGGGAAGACAACCCUGGCGUGCGAGUCAGCUACCUUGACAUGGAGGUUGGAGGAGGGGAAGGAGAGUACGUGUCCCUCGACGUGGAGGCGUGGGGCGACUUCUUGGAGAGCCGUUUCAAGCGACUGCUGGUCACGGUAGACCCGCUGAAAACCGGGCAGAGCGACGAUGCUCGAGGCGAACAGCGAUCUCCGGAAGACGGCGAGGCAAUCUCCAACGGGAAGAAAGGCAAGGGAUCGACGGGAUCGGCCCAAGAACCCGUCCUGGGAAAGGUCCCGGAGUCGAGCUCCGGGGCGGCGGGAGACGAUGCCGCCGGCGAGAAGGGGGGAGAUAGCCAGGGCAGCGAGAAGGGCAAAGGCGAUGAUGGGGUGGAGAUCUCAUUGUCAUCGUCGCCUGCGUCGUCUUCAGCUCUUGGAGCACAGCCUGCAGUAGAAGCAGCAGCAGGGGCUGGGCCAGGGAAAGGCAAGGGCGGCAAGGACAUAGUGGUGGUGGAGCUGGGAGCCGAGACGGAGGAAGAGGGGGACGGCAGCAGAUUGGAAAGCGGCGAUACGGGAGCGACGGAGGAAGAAGAAGCGGGAGAAGAAAGUGGGGAAGGGAGUGGAGACGAGGCAAAAGAGAAGGGGGGGAAGGAGAAAGGGCCCAAGAAGGAUGGCGAGAGGAAGGAACCGGACAGUAUCACCGCCAAGAUGCAGGUCUUGAGGGGGAGGUUGAACCGCAUGGCCGUGCCCUCCAACUUCCGCCUGUUCGACGAGCACUCCACGUCCCCCACCAGCGCCGACGCCACGGAGGAGGGGGAGCAGACAAGCCCGAAGGGGGGGGGUAUGGGCGGCGCAGAUGGUGAUUCUGCGGGGCUGCCGGGGAGAGGAGCGCGCGGAGGUGAUCGGUCGAAGCGUGGCGGUGGCGGCUGGGGUGCCGAUGAGGACGAGGAGUUGGACGGGAGCGGGAAGGGGCACGCUGGUGGAAAGGGCGAAGGGGGACCCGCGGAUGAGGACGCUGAGGAGGGCUAUACCGCAGAGCUGUCUGCGAGGUCUACCGGAACGGGCAGCACGGUCGGCAAGCCCAAGGUGGUACGAAGACCGUGCGUGGGAUCGGUCCUCGUCUCGGUUAACGGCGUUCGCACGCAAGGGCUGUCCUUCGCCAACGUGGUGCAGCUCAUCAACACCCGGGAGAGGCCCAUGGCCCUGGAGUUCGUGGACUCGUGGGACACCAUAUUCCAUCAGCAUCACAUGGAAACCCAGGUUGGUAUUUUCAACAACAAUCACCGUGCGGGUGGCGGGUUGCCGGCAAUGGGAGAGCUGCAGUGGACGGACGUGAAGCAGCAUCUCGAGAGACACAUAUUCGAACAGGCAAGCGGCGAGCAGGGACAGGACAACAAGGCUCAUCUCAUAGAUUCUGCAGCAGAUGUCGAGUCCGCUGGUUCUUACGGGAGAGAGUGGGAGCUGGCCCAGGGGGAGCUGUGUCGGCUGGUAGAGUACCGGUGCCCUUUGGACAUGCUGGACUGCGUCAAGGCGUGCGUCAAGCUCGUCGCGCUUAGCGUGGAAGCUUCGCUUGUAAAGAGGCAGCGAGAGCUAGACCCGUCUUCAAGGUCGGGAGGGUUGAAACCUGUGGCGUGUGGCGCCGACGACAUACUACCCGCCCUGACCUGGGUCGUCGUUCAGGGCCUGGAGAAGCACAAGGCGACGCAAAAUCUAAUCAAGGCCGCCAGGGAAGGCGACAGCUGUAUUGGUGUUGCCAUAAGCGAGGAGGGCAACUGUGUUGGCAGACGGUUCGCUGCGGCAACGUCCAACCCUAGUUGCCCCCAAAAUAUGAACGGCAGUGAGAGCGUUUCCUACUGGCUGGGAGCCGGCGCAGACCCGAACGGCCUGUCGAGCGACCAGCAGUCCACGGUCCUGACGGCCGCCAUUACACACCGAAGGCGUGGGGUGAUCAAGAUCCUCCUCGAGGGGGCCUGGAGCAAGAUGGUGGACCCGAACAGGCAGAUCUGUCCCAACUAUGGAGUUGACCGAGGUCGGUCUGCUUUGAUGGUGGCAGCCGCCAUGGGCGACAUGGCGACGGUUUUGUCGCUGUUGAGGAUUCCCGGCAUUGACCGGCGCCUCGCGUGCGCCAACGGGAAAGACGCCGUGGACUACGCCGUCCAGCAGGGUGAGAAAAAGCGAGACCUGAAAGAGAAAGCUGCAGCGGGGGGACAUUUGGAGGUGGCGUCCGUGCUGCUAGCCGACCCGGCGAAGGCCACCCUCUGCCAGGCGGCGAAGGCCGGCAACCUGUCGUACGUCAAGGCUCUUCUCCUGCAGGGGCAGGACCCCAACCAGACGUCCGACUACACGGGGCAGUACACGCCCAUCAUCGCCGCCGCUUUCCUCGGCCACAUCGAGGUUCUAGAGUCACUCUUGGAGAGCCCGUUGUGCGAUCCCAAUCUGCCCAACGCCAGAGGAGAGACAGCGCUCAUGUACUGCUCGCAGAGGGAGGGCUACGCUACUGGAGACACGCAGGUGAAGAUUUUCCUGUUGGCAAGGGGGCGCGACGUCCGGGGUGUUCUGGCUCUGAUGGAGCAGGGGGUGGACCCCAACACCGCUUGCCCGGAGAAGAAUUACACCCCUCUGAUCGCCGCUGUCUUCAACCAGGACGAGGACAUGGCGUCGGCGCUUCUAUCGCACCGCACGACCGACGUGAACGGGCCCGGAAGGCACGGCAUGACCCCGCUCAUGUACGCCGCACAGGCCGGGCACGACAGGAUGGCCGUCUUGCUGCUGCGCCUGAGGGCCGACCGGUACCGGUGCAAUGACCAGGGGGAGACCGCCCUCGAGAUAGCCGCCGUGCGGGGGCACACGAGCGUCGUCAACGUGCUCAAGUACGACCCGGAGAGGCUCUCGAUCUGCGCAGCCGCUGCGAACGACGACGGUGCGGCUCUGGACGGGCUGUUGGCGCAGGGGGUGCAAGUGGACAGCCGGCACCGUAUCAGGACCUACCGAGGGUGGCACCACGAGCGCUACACUCCUCUAAUUGCGGCGUGCUCACAGGGCCACGCAGGUAUGGUGAAGCGUCUCCUGUCGGCGGGGGCGAUCGCCCACCUCCCCAACCUCCUGGGGCAGACGCCUCUCAUGUACGCCGCGGGCUUCGGCACGGAGGAGGUGGUUCUGAUGCUCCUGGAGGCGUUGAAACCGGAGGGGCGAAGGAGUGUAGACAGCCAGGGCAGGACGGCGUUACGCUUCGCCGAGAGUUCGGGGCACGACGAGGUUGCGUGCAUUCUUCGGGUGGACCCUUCGGUGAGCACCAUUCAAGAGUCGUCGGCCGCUGGCAGGGUGCACGAGGUCUGGGCGCUGAUGCGACAGGGUAUAUCGGGAAACGAGUGCCGAAUUACCUCGAUGAAGCGGCUGUUCGAGAGCCCGCGGGUUGCAGACCUUCCCGACAUCAUGGCGCGAGCCAACAAGUACCGUUCUGCCUUGGAGCCUGAGGAGUACGCCCUCACACCUCUAGCGGCGGCGGCGAUAUUCUCCAGGAACCGGGUGAUCGAGGCGCUACUCGCAGACCCUUCCGUCAAGGUGGACGUGAGGGACGCGUUGGGCAGGACCCCUCUCAUGCACGCCGCAAGAUUCGGCAGCGAGGGUUGCGUGCUUCGCCUCAUCAGCCACGGAGCCGCUAGACACAAGAGGGACAAGGCCAUCGUCGGGAGGAAAACCGCUUCUGAUCUGGCCAUCGCUGCAGGCCACCUCCACAUCGCGGGCAUCAUCAGCGCGGACCCCAAGAAGAUGGACCUGAUGGAGAUUGCGUCGGAGGGGCGGCUGGUACUGCUCAACGGGCUCGUGAAGCAAGACGUGAGCCUCAACUACGUGGACCCGUCCAACCCAUAUCUCACCCCGCUGAUCGCGGCUAGUGCUAACGGCCGGGACGAGUGCGUGAGAAUAAUUUUGCAGUGUCCAGGGGUUCAGGUGAACCGCGCAAACUCAAAGGGAGAGACGGCCCUGAUGCACGGGGCAGCUUCGGGCUCCGUGAAGAUUGUUCGCAUGCUCAUGAAGCACGGGGCGAAUCCGUCGGCAAGGGACAGGAGGAACAGGACGGCGGAGCACUGGGCGUACAAGCAGGGUCACAUGCACAUGAUUCUCGUGAAGGUGGUCAUGUGGUUGAGUCCGCCGAUAAAACAAUACUGAGCUUGCAUCUGGGUGAGGGUCUUCCAAGGAUUCGGUUGUCGUUUCUCUCCCAACGUUUCUUGGGUUUCAUAUCCUUAAGAGUUUUGAGGGUUAGUAGCAGCCACCGCUGAUUGUGCGGGCCGUUGGGGCUCUGGACGGCGUCAUGGUAAUGGAUUUUUCGACGGGAACGGGGAUUCACGAUGAUCGUGUGGUGUGCAUGCCGCUGAGUCUGACAAGGUCUCCAGAGCCGUGACACGUCGAGAAGCUUCACUUCCCAACCCCCCUCCGGUGUUUGCGUUUGCUAUUGGGGCUGGGUUUUCAUCGCUUUGCAACGACGUUGUAAAACAAGCCAAUUCACUUCGUGAACUCGGCAACCAGGUUACCGGUUUUUGUUUUUACCUCUGUUUUUCUUUGGUGNUUGGGUUUUCGUCGCUUGGCAACGACGUUGUAAAACAAGCCAAUUCACUUCGUGAACUCGGCAACCAGGUUACCGGUUUUUGUUUUUACCUCUGUUUUUCUUUGGUGGUAACCAUAAUGGUGGUCGCGUAGAUCAUGUUGUGCGGGGUGAAGAAUCCUCACUCCGCGCAAGGGGGAUGAUCGCACCACGUUGUGUUAAAAUGGUCACGCAUCCUCGAGGCAGUUACACAGUAGUGCUUAUAACUGUCUGGUUGGAAAUGGGGGCAGGGGAGUGGGACGGAUGAUUCGUUACCAGAAGCUUGGCUUUGCGGCUUGACUCGCACGUGUGCCCCUAGCUUUUGCUUGCACCCGUCUGAUUUUGUUUCUUCCCCGCUCCACGCGCCCGUCUGCCUCCCCGCCCACCCUGGCGUGAAAGGUGAUUCUUGAUGCCACCGAUGAGGAGGCGGGUGCGAAGGAUGGGAAAAAUUAAUCAUAUAACUACGGGUCGCCGAAGGCGCGCGGGGGGGUCGAUACACGGGGCCCCGUCUCUGAACGCAAGAAAUGCAAUGUUUUUUGUGGCGGGGGUAGGCUGCGCUGCUUCAUUCUGGCGACUUUGUAGUCCUGAUUUUUUUUGAGACCGACCCUUCUUGUUGGGGGUCGAUAGGUUGUGUGCGGCGUCCUUGAGCGGGGGUUGGCUUUGGAAGGAGGCCGUGACUCGGUAUCUGCGGCUUUUUUUUUGUUUUGUACAUCCCGGCAAAGCCAUGGAACAAAAAUCCGCCCAUGGAUGGAGGUGCCCGGGCUCUUGAUACACGUUGUUCAUAUAUUUUUCACAGCUCUUUAGGCACAGCUGGGUGGGAUUUCCGCACGUGUAAAUAGCGAACGAAACACGCCCGAGCGCGGUGGUUGUUUUGUGGGUGAUUCGCCCCCCGCACGAUGGUCGACUUUUUUUUCCGCAGUAGGGGUGUUGGUGAAGUGCCGACUCUGUGUUUGGUCUUGUGGGUUAUGUUAUGUAUUCCUCCUGCCCUGGUUUCGCUGGACAAGACCACCGUUUUUUUUUUUCUGUAUGUGUGGUGCUGGUGAUCAGCAUGUGUUGAUCGACCUUUUCUGUUUUCUUCGGCCUUAGGACGCCCUCAUGGCUGGGUAUCCAAUCCUGGUGCUGGUGACUCCGUCUGUCAAGCGCAUGUAUCCGAUACUGCGUCAAGACUUGAAAACCCUGGAUGUUGCGUGAGAUGGGAGAUGUUGGGGGCACAAGGUGGCGUUAGGGUGCGCAUUUGGUUCAUGGUGGUCGCGCCUGUCUUGGCAUCAGAAGGAAACAGUUACUUCUGUAGUUUCAGUUGAGGUUCGCUCGUACUGAAUGUUGGCCAACUUGUUUUGAAGCCCUCUGCAGUCUCCCCGCAUUCCAACUAACUAUGAACCGCUGAACAGAAUGUGAACAGAUGCAAUAAUUGCGGCUGGUCAGUUGCACACCAAGUUUGAAUCGUAGAGUAAAUUAGAGAUUCAC